AUGAAAGGAACCAUAAAUGAGCCACUGGAUGGCAAUGAAUCUGAUUUCUUAGACUAUAUAGCUGUUUUGGAAAACUGCACCGAUGAGCAGCAAGUCUUAUUCAAGACGCAGUACCUCCCUGCGAUCUACAGCAUCAUCUUCCUUGUGGGCUUCCCGGGGAACACAGUGGCGAUUUCCAUCUACAUUUUCAAGAUGCGACCCUGGAAGAGCAGUACCGUCAUCCUGCUGAACUUGGCCUUGACCGACCUGCUGUACCUGACGAGCCUUCCUUUCCUCAUCCAUUACUACGCGAGCGGUGAACACUGGGUCUUCGGGGACUUCAUGUGCAAGUUCAUCCGUUUCGGCUUCCAUUUCAACCUCUACAGCAGCAUCCUCUUCCUCACCUGCUUCAGCAUCUUCCGUUACAUCGUCAUCAUUCACCCAAUGAGCUGCUUUUCUAUUCAGAAAACGCGGUGGGCAGUGGUAGCUUGUGCAGGGGUGUGGGUCAUCUCUUUGGUCGCUGUCAUGCCUAUCACUUUUCUGAUCACAUCAACCACCAGGACCAACAGGUCUGCUUGUCUUGACCUCACCAGUUCGGAUGACCUCACUACUAUCAAAUGGUACAAUCUCAUUUUGACUGCCACCACUUUCUGCUUGCCCUUGGUGAUAGUGACACUUUGCUACACAACAAUUAUCAGCACCCUGACUCAUGGACCUCAGACCCACAGCUGCUUUAAGCAGAAGGCUCGGAGAUUGACCAUCCUGCUGCUCCUAGUGUUCUAUAUAUGUUUUCUACCCUUCCACAUCCUGAGGGUCAUUCGGAUUGAAUCUCGCCUGCUUUCCAUCAGCUGCUCCAUCGAGAGUCACAUUCACGAAGCUUACAUUGUUUCUAGACCAUUAGCGGCCCUCAACACCUUUGGAAACCUGCUGCUAUAUGCCGUGGUCAGCAAUAACUUCCAGCAGGCAUUCUGCUCCAUAGUGAGUUGCAGAGCCAGUGGGGACCUUGACCAAGAAAAGAAGGACAGUUGCUCAAACAACCCUUGA